AUGCCCAAGCAAUACGUUCUUUUCGGCCGCCCGGUCCCCCGGCUCGGCUCGCGACACGUCUCGCUCCUGCUUGUCGCCAUCUCCAUCUUCGCCGUCGUCAGCCUGCUGUUCACACUGCCCGGCACGGAUGUGGCCGGCCGAAGCAGCAAGUCGUUGAAAAGCCACUGGGCAAGCAGCAUAUACCACUUCAAGCAGCCCUCCCAUGCGCCCGAGCGCCAGUCAAAUGACACGUACGGCGACUCGUCGUGGUACUCCAACUUCCGGUGGCUCUCGAUGCCCUUUAGCAGCUCCGUGACGCUCGACCACAACCGCCAAGUCCUGCCGGUCAUGCAUAAGCGCCCCGCCAUCUACUGCUACUACGACAACACACUAGUCAAGGACGACAAGAAGCUGAGGGAGUCCGAGAGCGAUCUACUCCUAGCGUGGAGACGUGCCUGGUGGGCCCAGGGCUUCAAGCCCGUCAUCCUCAGCGCUGCUGAAGCCGCAAACAACCCUCGAUACGGCGAGCUUACGAAGCGCGAGGGCAUGGACCCGGCCCUUCUCGCCGACUUCAUGCGCUGGUUGGCUUGGGAGAAUAUGGGUGGCGGUCUACUCGCCUCACACCUCGUGUUUCCCAUGGCCCCGUACAACGACCCGAUGCUGGCGUUUCUACGACGCGGCGAGUUCCCGGCGCUGACCAUGUGGAAAGACUUGGGCGACGGGCUGUUUGUCGGCCCCACAGCCGAAGUCACGGCGGCUAUCAAGCUUGCCAUGGCGAGCCCGCACCUCAAGAUCGCAAAGGACUUCUUGACCACCCUCUCUAGCGACACCAACGAAAAGAUCUUUACCGUUGACGAGCACGCCAACUCCCUGGCCUACUACCAACCAAGCACGCGCGAGACCAAGUACACCAAAGUCGCCGAGGCCAUGACCACGUCAUCCGCCUCCGGAGUCCAGGACCUCACCCAGCUCAUCGAGUCGCACCUGCACCUGACAUGGCAGAGCUUCUUCCCCGACGGCAUCGACGUCGUCAAACCCCUGCCGCACCACACCACACACCUGAUCAGCCCGGCCUACCAGCUGGCGCUGCGGCUGACGCGCUGCCCCGCGACGCCGAUGCCCAAGUCGUGCCCGCCCAACAUCGCGCAAUGCACGCCGUGCGACGACGAGACGCGGCGCCUCCGGAUCUCAACACCCGCGCACUACCGCAACACAUCGACCGUGUACACGAUCGGCACGGUGCCGCACCCGUACACGGCGGCGUCGCUGGCAAACCCGCGCACGCACAUCGACGUGCGGUGGGUGCGCCGCGACUCGGGCGGCCGCGACCCGUGGGUCGUCGACCUGACGCAGGACCUAUGCGCGCGCGGCGUGUCGGCGGGGCCGCGGCUGCUGCGCUUCAAGGAGGCCGUGGCCUCGGACCUGGGCGCUGCUCACUCGCUGUGGUUGCUCGCUGAGCGCGACCUCCCCGACGAUCUGGACUGGCACUUUGGCUUUGCCGUUCCCGACGACGACGAACCAGACGAAGCCGCGGAUAGACCCAAGACGACACCUCCCAAAUUACCGCCCAUGCACGACCCCAAAGACGGGCCGCAGCCAACAGCCGAAGAACUAAGCCUCGAACAGGCGCUCCUCGCGCGCGCACAAGCCAUCGUCGGCGCCGGCGACGGGGAAGGCAAGCAAUCCAAGAGCCGCACGAGCAGAGAGGACGCCGUCGUGCGCGACGCCGUCGAGGCGUGGAACCUGGCCGACGUGGAGGCGUGGCGGUUCACGCGCGCGGUCCUGGCCCGCCGGACCGUCGAGCGCAAGACUUGGGACGAGGCCGAGUCGAAAUUCGCCGGCGGCAUGGGGUCCGAGAGGAAGGGUCGGAGGAACGGCUGGAACCGGUGGUUGGAUUAA